UUUUCCUUUCCAGUUUAGUGGGCAGGUUUUCUGACCAAUAUGUGUCAUGUCUGAAUUGGUGACCUAGCGAUGGUUUUAGCCGUAAUUUAUUUUGUAAAAAAAUAAUAAUUUUAACUCAUAUCACACAUUUGUUUUUGCUGCAGUUUCAUUCCUGUUUUUCUUUAUUUUUAUUAUUCCGUCCAGUCGCAUCAUGUGGAAGUUACGUGAAGUUGCGGAUAAAGUCACCAAUGUGGUGAUGAAUUACACAGAAGUUGAAGCAAAAGUGAGAGAGGCAACUAAUGAUGAUGCAUGGGGUCCCACUGGACAACUGAUGCAAGAAAUAGCCCAGAGUACUUUUACCUACGAACACUUUCCAGAAGUAAUGGGUAUGCUUUGGAAACGGAUGCUGCAUGAUAAGCGAAAUUGGCGUAGGAUAUAUAAGUCAUUAUUGUUACUAGGUUAUUUGGUUAAAAAUGGGUCUGAAAGAGUAGUCACUAGUUCACGUGAACAUAUUUAUGAUUUAAGGAGCCUUGAAAACUAUACACAUAUUGAUGAGUUUGGCCGAGAUCAAGGAAUAAACGUUCGGCAGAGGACUAGAGAUCUAAUAGAAUUUAUUCAAGAUGAUGAUAAAUUAAGAGAAGAAAGAAAAAAGGCAAAGAAAGCCAAAGAUAAAUAUGUUGGCCUGUCAUCGGAAGCAAUGGGAUAUGGUGGUAAAUACAGUGGGAACAAGCAUGAUAACUUCACACGCAAUGAUUUUACAGACAUAGUUAAAAAUAGGUUACCAAAGUUUGAUCUUGGAAGGAGUAAAAGCUUUGAAGACUCCCCUGAGCAAAGCAAUGAUGAAGACCGCAGAUCAGAAAAUGAUGAUCGUCCGGAAUACAAAGAUGAUGAAUCUGAUGUUCAAGAUGUUGUUAAAGAUAUUAAAGUUAACAAUCGUACUGAAAACAAAACUUUUGCAAAAAUGAACCGUAAAAUUGAUUUAGGUGCUGCUGCCUCUUUUGGAAAAGGUUCAACGAAUUCCAGUCCAGAGAAAUCAGUUUCAUUGAUUGAUACAUCUCCAAAACAUUCUGCAAAAGAUGAAAGUGAUUUAUUAGCUGGAUUAUCAUUAUCAACUCCUACUCAAAACUCUGAUUCAGCAAAUGGGGACUUUGCCGAUUUCACUCAGUUCAAAAGUGCUGAAGAGCCGAAGCAAGAUGAUUUUGCCGACUUUGCAUCGUUCUCUUCUCCUAUUCAGACAAAUGCAACGUCGGGUAGUGAAUCUUUGAAUUUUCUGGACUCUAGUGUUGUAUCUCCUACUCCAAUGUUUCAGUCCAUACCUUCAGGUCUUCCACCCCUCCACUCAGUUGGUCCUGCCACUGUUUCAUCUCCAUUAUCUCCAACGUUCAGUGCCUCUCCAUCUCCAAUGGUCUCUCCUGUUGGAAACAUUUAUCAACCAGUCAUGGGACCUCCUAUUGCCAUGAUGUCUGCCAUUCCUACAAUUCCAGUCGGUGGUACAAUAAAUUCUCCUGUCAUGAUGCAACCGCAACUAACCAGUUUACCGCCGGGAAAUCUUAUGUAUCCCGUCAAUUAUAUGGCUAAUGGCUUAUUUAGUCAACCCUCUUCAUUGCCAGUAAUGUCUUCAACUGUUACAGUGCCUAAUACUUCACUGCAGAACUUGCAGGCUUCAAAAAAUACAUGGAGUGAUGCAUUAGGAACAGUCAAUAUAAAUGUAGAUAAUCUUGCUCCUGCUAGCAAAUACGAUAAAGCACCUGCUCCAAGCAUGAAUCAGUUAGCUGGAGUGGAUAUGAAUGCAAUGAAUAUGAACAAUCUUACUAUGGGAAUGCAACCUAUGUCUCUAAAUCAGCCAAUCUUAGGCCCUGGAACUGUGCCUGUCAGUCCAAUUGCAUCUAAUUUCAUGAGUGGUGUACUUUCUCCACCUGGUAUGCCUGUACAGAAACCAAUGUUUAACAGUCCAGGAAAUCUUGGGUUUUAAUGAGAGCAAAUUGCUUCAUUUUCUGAUUGGUCGUACCAUUAACUAUUGAAAAGAAGUCAACCAAAUCUCAAGCUAUGAUCGUUCUGGUUUAAAUUGUGGAUGGAACUUCAUUAAAAAGGAACCACGUUGUAAACCCAGGAGUGAAAAAGUGGACAUCAAAAACAUUCCAUAUUUUAAAAGAUAUCAAGAUUGAAAAUGAUCCUUCAAUGGAUAACAUUGAACUUUUGGUGCCGAUUAUUGAGUAAAUGAAUUGUUCAAGUGUAGUUUUUCCAGGUAUUACUUUUGAUAUUUUAUAAUUUUAACUUGCUGAAACAUUUAAAUCAAACUCAAUGCGACCAGGAAGUUUUCAUUUAUUUUACUAUGUACUUAUGCAUCUUGUGCAAAGUAUACCAACUAGUUUGUAAAUAUUAAAUUUUGUAAAUUGUGGUUUUGUGAAAGUAUGGGUAAAAAAAAGAAUUGUAUAUUUUACAUUUAAUUGGUUUUUUUUUUUUUUCAGUUACAUUGUCAGCAAUUUAAUUUUUUUUUUUCGGGCAAAUUUUUAAGUUUGUAUGAUUUUAACAUUUGCUUGUGCUCGUGUGUGAGGUAACCAAUACCCGUCUUAUCGUCUGAGCUUGUGUACAGUAAUGGAACACUGUAUUGAGGCAACUAUUCAUAUAUAUAUAAGUGAAUGACAAACCAAAUCUCUGUGGUUAUUGUGUUAUUGAAAAGCUGUUCUUGUGAUUAGUACUUGAUUUUGUUUUGCUCAAUUUGUGUAUGUAUGGUAACAAUCAUUUUUUGAAAGGAGUUAUGUGAGUUGAAUUGGCGAGUGUAGCAAGUUCAUUGUUCUUCGAUAGAAGUUUGAUAGAGAUGAGCAUUCUUCGUAGUUUAAUUUUAAAUUUGAAAUUUAUAGAAGUGUUUUAAUUUGUCUCUUUCAAAAGCACAAGAUUACAUUUUAGAUUUAUUUAUAUACGUUAUCUUAUGUGUUACAAGUUUAAAAGGAACUCAAAAUUUUAACUUUUGUUGUUUUAAGAAACAAAUGCCUUUGUGCUAAAAUGGAUUAAUAUCAACUAUCUUCAAAAAAUAUAAAAUUUGCCCAAAAUAACAUACUUGUAUUGGGAAAGGAAGCCUUUUUAAAUGCAAAACGAUAAAGGUUCUUGCAUAUAAAGGUAUCUGACAUAAGCCGGCUUCUGUUAAAAUUUUUACAUCUAUAAGCCUACUACUUUUUGCAUCGAAAAAAGGGCUACUCCAAAUCCCGUAAAAGAUGUAUGUGGUUUUUGCAAAUUUUGUGCUUUUUUUAGCUUUGUCAUUUAUAUUUUAUUCUACUACUGUAUUAAGAUUUUCAACACCUCAAGAUGUUAAUGUGAUACUCAUGUUGAAUUUCUGAGAUAUUAUUCAUCUGAAUUCUUAUAACAUUCUAUUUACCUUUCUUUACGAUUUUAUUCUUACUUUGAAUUGCAUAAAUUGACUAAGCAAGAAAUUGUUUCUACUUAUACAGUUACCUGUUCUCAGUGAUUGUUUUUAUUCUUGUGUUUGUUAAUUGUAUGACUUCUAGUAUAGAUUUUGUUCAAACUAUUUGUAAAUCAGAGUGCAUGUGAUUUGAUUGUUAUUGUUGGAUUAUGUUUCUUUGGUAUAUAGGGUAAUAUGAAUAAUAUUUAUGAAUGUAUAGUAAAUAAAAAUGUACAGCAUUGUUAAUGUUUUGUUUAUGCUGUUUGUUGAUGUUGUUCGACUAAAUUUCAUUGUAGACUAUUAGAAUACUGUUACGAAAAUUACUUUUAACAGUUCAGUCUUUUCUAUCUUUUCACUUGCAAAACAGAAAAUAAAGGAGUAUUUAGUUAUAUUUUUAAAA